UCAGAUUCUGAUCUAGAGAAAUUUGAAUCUCUGAUCAAGGCGCCCCCAACUACGACUUCAACUUCCAACUCUCUACACUACAUACAAAACAGACAGUUACGGAAAAGGAGAGAAGGAAAGGAAAGAAAGGAAAGACCAAAGUCACACCAUGCCCUCCGCUGCGGACGUCUCAUCUUCCUCUACCGCCGGCGGUACCAGCCCUCCUCCGCCACCCACGAUUGAAGCAGACAUCAUCUCCCAUCUGGCGUCGACGUCCGCGCUCGAAGAACUCCACGCGACGCUCCUCGCCUCUCUCCAGCGCGCCGGCUGGACGGAUCGCAUCCGCGCCCUCUCCCUCGAACUCCUCCGCGCAGGCCGCUGCGAGCGAUUCGACGACGUAGUCGAGGCGAUUGUCGCGCUGGCGGAGGGCAAGUCCCACCCGGCCGUCUCGUCGUCGGCUCAGAAUGGUCAUCAUAGUAAUGGGAAUGGGAACAAGAACGGGAACGGGACAAAGAAAGCGAACGGUGAGGAAGAGGCUGCGGAUGCCGACGCUGAUGGAGAUCCAGACGCGGACCUACAUCCGGACACGCUUGCUUUCUUCGAGAACGUGGACGUGCGCAUCCCGCGUGGAGUCGUCCACCAGGGCGUCAGGGCCGUUAAGGAAGCGUUGCGCGAGGUGGUGAUGAUCGAAGGCGCAGAGAUAGACGAUGACGACUACGACUCGGAGUCAGAAGGGGAGGACAUUCAAAAUGGAAAUGGGAAUCCUCGUGUGACGAAGAAAUCGCCACCUAUCAAGAAAGAGAGAGACGGCAAAGAGACGAAUGGGACGGCGGACAAAGCUGGAAAAGUGCCGCUGAAGAACGGCACGCCUAGUCCCGUCAAGAAGACGGUCAAAGACAAGAAAGCAAAGGCUGGAAAGGGUGUCAAAUCGUGAUGAUGGUACUUGGGUGUCUUUUCUGACUUAUCAUGCUAGGAAGGAUUCGGCCGGAUGGGAUACCCUGGGAAGAUAGACAUGAUGAGAGGACAGGACACUCUAAGGACCUUCCU